GGAGUCGGACGGGCAGCUUUAUAAAAACGCCUUGAUCCCAGCAACAAAAACACUCCCGAAAGACAGCUGCCGACACCGGCCAAGAUAUAAGCAGGACCACCGGCUGUUCUCCCGUUGUGUCGCGUCUCCAAACCCCCAGCUGACCGCCCGAGACGGAGCUUACCGAGCACCAUCCGCCCCGCCGUUUUUGUUGACAUCGCCAGGUCUCUCUCUCGGUGAAGACGGAGGGACGCUCCCGCCGCCGCCGCCGCCUCCGCCACCGCCGCCACCGGAUCUAGACCACAACGCAUCUGCGCACCGCACGGGCUACGGCAACGACGAGGCUGAAAGAUAUCGCACAUCGGGGGUAUAGCUGCAUCAAAAUGCCGUUUUCCGUUAACGGCAUCCUUUGCACGCUCGCGGUGUUGAUCCUGUGGCGGGCGGAGGAGCUCGCGGAAGCGUGCAGCUGCGCUCCGGUACAUCCGCAACAGGCGUUCUGCAACGCCGAUGUAGUGAUCCGAGCAAAGGUGGUGGGAGAGAAAGAGGUGGAUUCUGGGAAUGAUAUCUAUGGGAACCCCAUCAAGAGGAUCCAGUAUGAGAUCAAACAGAUAAAGAUGUUCAAGGGGCCCAACCAGGACAUCGAGGCCGUCUUCACUGCCCCCGUGUCUGCUGUGUGUGGUGUUACCCUGGAUACCAGUGGCAAGAAGGAGUACUUGAUCUCAGGCAAGGCGGAGGCCGGCGGGCGCAUGCAUGUGACCCUGUGCGAUUACAUCAUGCCCUGGGACUCCAUGAGCCCCACCCAGAGGAAGAGCCUUAGCCAGCGCUACCAGAUGGGCUGUGACUGCAAGAUCGUGCGCUGCCCCUCUCUGCCCUGUGAGAUCUCCGCUCCAGAGGAGUGUCUGUGGACAGACCUGAUGAUAGAGAAGCAGGUCUACGGACGCCAGGCCAACCAUUACGCCUGCGUCAAGCGGGCGGAUGGCUCCUGCUCCUGGUACCGCGGCGUCGCGCCACCCAAGAAGGAGUUCCUGGACGCGGAGGACCCCUAGUCACUCGGCCGGCCACAUGCCUGACUGCCCACUGCACAGCCAGAUGAGAAUAAAUGUAAACGAUUCCAUUAAAAUUAAGUUUAACAACAUCUGUGUGAACAGGCAAAGAAAUUUUUGAUAAAAGGCAAAGCUGAGUGAAAUUUUACUGCUGGUCUGAGAACAACCUUCAGCCUUCCUCUUUUUGUAUUUGUUGUCAAUGAGCAUUUCAGUCCGAUGAGGCAAUAUGGGGGGGGGCUUUGAACCCACAACUUCCAGUGGGGUUUGGAGAACCUUGGCCGUAUUGCUCAACAUGUGCCGCUUGAUCCAGAGUUUGAUAAGAGGAAAGGCCCCGCGCUUGUUCUCAGACACAGCUCGUCUCUGUAAAAAAUAAAUGAAUAAAUAAAUAAAAAUAGCAUCAUGAGACAUAGACUGGUCAAGUGAUGAUGUAACUUCCUCCUGAGGCUGGCGUCAGGAGGAUGUGGAAAAACUCAAAGAGACAGAGCACUUCCUGCCCCGCAACGCUCUUGGCUCUGCUCUCAGACUACACCAAUCGAUCUCUGAUCUAUGGAUGAUCAUUCGUUACCCAUCGUGUUUAUACUAUAUUUUAUUACCUCAUUCUCCAUUUUUAUUCCAAAGCCAAAUUCCAAGUUGCCUUUUUUAUGAUCGCCUCCCUCUCUCUUUCCCUCCGUCUCUCUCUCUGUCUAUCUGAACAAGUUCAAUAUUGUUAGAAACUGCUUCUCACAUCUUUUUCUGCUGGGAACCAUUAGGCCCCUGGUGAGGUGGGACACCCAUGGUAGUUGUAAGACAUGCUCCCUUACCUGCUUGUUUUGAUUCAUCUUACAUGGCUCAUCUUGUCUUGGGGAAAAAACAAAAACAAGCAAAUGUGUUUCAUUGGUUGAAAAUCCUUUCUUGCAGUCUGUAAAGCUAGAUUUGACCGUCGGGUCUCACUGGACCAGUCUAUGCUGUGUGAAAGUGAAGAUGAGCUAUCUAAAUUUGAACCUGCCCGUGCAGGUAAGACGACACCCCUGCACCCCACCCCGAUCCGAAAACAUCCCAGUUCCUGCCUCCUCCGCCUCCCUUCCACCCCUCCAUUCUCCAUUCCUCCUCUACGCCUCUCUUAGCCCCACCCUCGUCUAUCCAUACUAUGUAGCUGUACAGUACCUAUGCAUAUACUUUUGUUGUUAUUUGAUAAUUAUUAUUUACUGCAUUAGAACUAGAAUUGCACUUUUUGAGGAUGAGUUCCAGUAAAGACAGAGCCUGAACACUCGGAUGUGAUGCUUAUAAUCGUUCCCCCAGAAUGACAGAUCCACCUCAGGUGCAGAUUUUGCCUAUUUGAGUGCUGUUGGUGAUCCAUAAUUACCCAUAAACGCAUUGCUAAGCUUAUUCGCGCUAUCUUUGUCAUAGCAGAGACAAAGUAGUAGUUUCAGUUUAAGAAAAAAAGAAGAAAAGAUGAAAAAAAAUUAUAAAAAAAAACAGUGGUGUGUGAGAGGGAUAUGAGGGAUUUUUUUUUUUCAGAAAUUGUGUGUGAAAGAGAUACAAAAAGAGCUUAUGGGAUGUUAUUCAGUGUCUUUGUAUUAUCUGUCAAACUCUGAUUGUAAAUGCAAACAGCGACUUCACGAUUUUUGCCAAUAUAUUCUCGCGGGCCGUUCCUUUCUCGGGUCCUUACAUGCUUAACGUUAGCGUACUGCUUUUUGACUCGUCUUUCCUGUCCCUUCCAGUUAUUAACGAAAGCUUUAUAGCUGUCCUAGAAAGCAAGUUACUCGACUGAAGUUUACAGUGCUGUUUUAUACACCUCAAGCUACAUUAACGAGUUAAGAUAUGAUGGAGUAUUAGAGGCAUAAUUUAAAAGUAAACUCUUUCCAUUUUCCAUUACUUUGUAUUUUUUCAGUGUUAUUAUCUGUCAUGAUUUAUUUUUUUGUGUGUGUUUUCGCUGUCUUCGUCUAUGAUGUCUAGCUGUAGUGUUGAGUCGAGAAGGUCCUCUUGCGCUGGAGUAACGUGAGAGUGAGAGAGAUUAAUCCAUUGGAGACACAGUAGAGAUUGAGAAAUGGGAACCUUGUGUGAAUAGAGGACUGUGCAUGUGUUUGAUGCUUUGUGUAAGUCCAGGCAAAGGACAGAAUAUUCAGUAUUAUCAAAUAAAAACCAAACGUUUGAAAGAAUAAA